AUGUGUACUCCCUAUUUAGUCCAUGGCUUUGACUCGAGCUCUAUUUUUUUAAAUCAUGACUCCACCAAACACCUCCUGGAUGAUCGAAGGAGACAUCAAAAGAUAAUUCGACAACAUCGAUCAUCACCUACUCGCGGGAUUCAUAGCAGAGUUGGUAAAGGAACAAAGGCUUCUUGGGCUUUAUUGGAAAUUGGUACGCGCUGGCUAUGUAAACCAUGGCGGAGUUUGGUGGAGUCAUGA